AGUAUUACAGCUAUUUAUACACGUAUUCGAUGCCAAAAGCAAUUCGUGAUAAAAUUGAUGAUUACAUGAACUGCGAGGACAUAGCCAUGAAUUUUCUGGUCUCUCACAUCUCACGGCAGCCGCCGAUUAAAGUGACCUCUCGUUGGACUUUCCGAUGUCCCGGUUGUCCGAUAAGUCUGUCUGAAGACGACUCGCACUUUAAUGAACGCCAUAAGUGUAUCAACUAUUUUGUCCAGAUUUACGGUUAUAUGCCUUUACUUAAUACUCAAUUCAGAGCCGAUUCUGUGCUCUUCAAGACCCGUAUUCCUCACGACAAACAAAAAUGCUUUAAAUUUAUUUAAAACUCAACUUUUUUAAAAUUUUAUUAUAUAUUUAGAGA